GAAUAUAUAUGGCUACCAUUGACUUGUCGUUAGCCUCGUGCACACAUUCGGUAUCGCAAGUCAAAUUUACUUUCUGUAUAGAAGCGGCUAAAUAAUAGUCGGUUUGGUUCAGUGUAUAACAACCCGUAGACCAAUAUACGAACGCAGGCUUGUGUUCACUAAUAAUGUGCUAUUCUUGGUAAUUUGACGGCCGAAUCGCAUGCAAAGAAGGAAUUUGACAAACAUUUCGAGAACAUACAUAUUCGUUUUUUUAAAAAAACGAACGCGAUUUUAUUCAAUGAACGAUAUUUAAUUAGUUAUGUAUUAGGUGUUUUUUUUUGUUUUAUAUUUCUGAUUUUGUUUUUACUGUGUGCCUUUUCACAUUUACUUCCGACCCAUUCAAUUGAUUUCGUGCGAUUUGAGUGAACAGAAGCACUGAAUUUUUAAUGGGCUUAAACCUUAUAUCUUCCUGAAAUUGAAUGCAUAGUGAUUCAAUUUGUGCAAUGUUCAUAUUCAAUAUCGAAGCAUCGAAGCUGUGACAGAAUUAGUUGAUACGUCGAAUACGAGGUGUCUUCAAAAUUAAAAAUAGAAUUGAUUUAAAGUGAAGCGCAUUAAAAAAUCAACCAAAAAUUGAUCCGAUAAAGCUUGAAACAAUGUUGACGAACGAGUGUGAGCGGGAUAUACAAUUGGAAUUGAAUAGAAAUUAUUUGAAAUCGUUUCCAGCACGAUUGAAAUUUUGUCAUAUCUUCCUAUGCACGCUGGCCUCAGGGUUAUUAUUCUACUACACAUCUGACAACUAUUUAUUGACAUUUAUUCCAAUUUGCAUUGAAUCGAUACUUGCACUAUGUUCACUCAUUUUCCUGGUGUCAUCAACAAUUAAUUGGAAUACAACGGGGAAAAUUCGGAUGGCACGAAUCAACUUUAUUUUUCAUACAAUUGCAAUUAUACUUCUUAUAAUUAGUACGUUUAUAUUGCUUAUUGGCGUUACAGUGCAAAUACUUAGUUACAAAAAUAUUUUAAAAUACCAAUUGCCAUUUAUUGUUUCGUUGUUUGUUGCAUCGAUUCUAAACGUUUUAAGUGCAUUAUUGUAUUACACAUCGAUCAAGUUGGUGCGAACUACUUGUGAAAAUUACUAAGUUCCCGAUGUAAAUAUUUAUUCACAUAGUGAGAAAGUCGGCGAGGUCACCGUAUUUUGAUUUUUGAGUCCAUGUGCACUGAAAAUAAGUAAUACGUUUCUUAUCGCAAUCGAACCAUCGGUGAUAUUUUUUUUUUGUACUGACACAUGAUAAACACAAUUCAAUCAAAUGAACUUUAAGCGAUCGCAAAUUACCAAAAUAACGUGUGGAAAAUAUUUUAAAUCUGUUUCGUGUUGUUUUUAACAGAUCUGGAUAUAAUCAGGACGGGAAUCGGAAGAUUUUACAAAAUAAACAUAAUUUGUUCAGAUUUGAAUGGCUAAAUUCAUCGAAAUACAAGAGUAAUCGUUCUUCUCUACUGUAGUGAAACAAUUUGAAUUGAUUUGUAAAUCCAGAAAGAAGAGAAUCCAAAUACAGAGUUAGAGUGCAAAGCAUUUCAGAUAUAAAUUUUUUUAAAUGAAAAUAUUGAAUAGUGGUUAGACGAAUUUAUCUACUUUUAGGCGAUAAUUUUUUGAUUGAAAAUUAUAAAAAGUAUAUUAAUAUUGUUUGAUCCAUUAAUUUUAAUGUAUUUUUUCAUGUCGAUAGUAUUAUUAUCUAUCUUGUAUUGAAAAUAAUUCCAGUUGAGAAUAAAUGAAUUUAAUUAAAAUAUACAUUUGUUAACCAUGCCAA